AUGGGAUUUUUGAGUGGUGUGCUUGGUGCGGUGAAAGAUGAUGAUGCAGUUAAAACGUAUUAUCCUGUAGAUAAAAUGACUGAAACACUCAAAAAAAUUAAAAACAGUAUGCACAAUCCUGGCGGAUUGUCUGCGGCCGUUGAGGCUGUGAGCGAUGCGCUGGGGGAGUGGGAUGGAGAGCUUCAAAAGAAAAUUGAUAAAAUUGUAAAAGAUGGCGGUGAAGGCACUUUAAAAGCAUUGAAAGAUAGAAUUGGUGACAAUAUUGUGGCAGUUCAACAGUUGAACACUCAUUCCCUGGAUAUUGUGAUUGACAAGAUGGCGUCCACGGUAGCUGACGGUUUGGAAGAAAAUCUAAAAAUAAUUGCCGAAGCCGUCAGAACACUUGAUGGCCCUCUGCAAACAAAAAUCUGGUUAGAUUUUGAGAAAAUUAAAACCGAAGUCUUGACCAUUAGAAAAUCGUCGACAAGGGAUGAAUUUCAUUUACGUGGACUAGUAAAGCACCUUAGUAAUAAGCUUAAUAUGUUGAAAGAUAAUAUUCACAAUGUCGUGGAAACGCAGACUGAAAAGCUAGAGAAGUCGUUGAAAGCGAAUAUAAGAAUGAUUCAUGAUCAAGUGUUGCAUAUCAAUGAAUUGCUUAUGCAAUACGUAUUGGAGUUGACGCAGUGGGUAAGCAAGGCCGAUGAAAUUAUUGAUGGCACCUUACAGCAAGUAGGGAAAAUAUUGAAAGAGGUAGACGACAACAAAGGUGCUAAGUUGAAGAAUGCAAUUAUAGCAGCCGCAUUGCAAUCGAAACAGAAGGCGGAUGCUCUUCAGAGGGCAGGUAGCGCGGCUGCGGAUAGUGUUGAGAGAAAAGUUACCGCGGCGCUUUCGGAGGUUGCUAAAACGAAUCUAGCUCUUAGAGAUAAUUUAAAUGGGUUGAAAGUUGAGCUCCAGAUGCUUAUUGGCGGGUAUUUUAGUAAGUACGUUGAAGAAGUUCAAAAGAAAGUUAAGGCAAUCAAGGGGGAUGGAGAAGAAAAAGGACUGGGGGGCAUUAAUGCAAAAGUUAUGGAGUAUGUCACUCAGUACGGUAACGAGGAUACGUUCGGAAAAAACAUUGGGGAGUGGGUUGGAAGCAUAUUGGACACAGACGAGAUGGCGAAGUAUUGGUUUGGAAGGUAUGUUAGCGCGAACACAGAGCAGGUGAAGGUAGGCAUCAGUAGUCACAUAUAUAACGAAUUUGUUCGGGAUGCAAACGGUGUUCUCAGAGUCGACGCGACUGAAGUGUCCACAGCAUUGGCAAACAUCCAGUCGUUUCUUACCACAUUUGCUGCUACAGUUGAAUCAAAAGUUAGGCAAGACCAAAUUGUAGAAUUCGCUGAACAGAUGCAUCGAGCAUUGCAAGCACGACACGGUGUUGCUCUCACUGGCAACGCUACACAUCUUCAAAACGCCUUGAAAUCAAUUUUGCCAGCGAUCGCGUCAAUAGCCAAAAAGUUUGGUUCGCAAAUCCAGGAACUGGUGGAUGAUUGUUUGAUUGGCAACGUCGACGAGGCGCUUGAAGUAACUGACGAGUUACUUAAUGGUUUCACCGACGCGCUUAAACCUGCGCGAGAAAAUGCAAAUGCCGCCACCGAUCCCUUCAACCCAUACACCUCCGGCUCUAGCCAGACACCUAAACUUGGAGACAAUAUUGCAAAAACUAUUGACGGCAUACUGGAAAAGGAGAUCGGACAAACUAAUAAUGGUAAUGCGCCGGGUAAAGUGGAUAUGAACACUGAAAAAACGUUUCGCAAUUAUAAUAGUUUCAUACAACAGGAUAAGAUUACGAGUGAUAAGGCGACGCUGACCGGCGAGAAGGAUAAACGAGAAGGAUCCCUCCCCGCGGCGAUCGGUGAUAUUGAGAGAGAGGUGAAGACUGCUUUAGCAACAAUAGAUGGCCUUAAGAGUGAUGCUUUCAAACAGUACCAAUACGUAACGCAAAAUCUAAGCAGUCUUUGCAAUAAUAUUGAAAAAGCGGCAGGUAGCAGCAUUGAAAGUGGGCUGCAGAGCGUUUUGACAUCGUUUAAAGAAAAGCAAAUUUCGAGAAACGAUUCAACAGAAGGUCUAGCAAAAAUGAUUGAAGAGAUUAAAUUGCUGCAAAAGAAUCAAGUUGUCAAACUAGGAAACGCUGUAGGGUUAUUGUUUACAGACACCCUCCCAGAUGUUGUGAAACAGUGUAGGACAUUCUUAUGGAUCCAUUUGGAUGAACAAAUUACCCACUCCAUCAACAGCAUCAAAAAGGACGCCCUCAAUCGAUAUGUCAUGUUGAAAAGGAGGGAAUUGAAUGAACUGCAGACUUUCGUCGAGAAAAUGCGUAUGUCUAUGCAGAAUAUCGUAGACCUAGAUUCAGUGACUAGCGUUAAAGGUUUGUUGAAAGUUGUAAGAGGAUCUACUUUUGAUGUGCAAAACAACAUCCCUCAAUUUUACGGAAGUGAAGAUCCUACGUUGCUUACAAAUGUCAAAGAAGCUGUGUUUCCGACAACUCUUCAACCUCUGCCGGAAAGGACAAUAAAAGAACGGCUUGUUGCAUUAUCUACCGCUCUCAACAACUAUGUCAAACCAAUAUUAGACUACAUUCACAACCAAGUGAACCAGCUAACCAAACCUCCAACCAACCCCCCGCCCACCGACCAACCCACCGACCAACCCACCGACCCAGCCAAACAGCUAACCAAAAUCAAAACUGACUUCGACGAAUUACUUGAACAUCUUAAAAAUAAUUCUGAUAAGACUAGAAUUUAUAAUUACGAUCAUCCUUUCACCGAAAAACUUGCCUCCCUCAAAAACGCCACUAACGAUUUAUCCCCCUCCCUCUUCGCCAACCCCCGGCACCCGGAGCUGCUCGAUGCGGUCAGAGCGGGGCUGGAGGGGCUUGUCAAGGAGAUGGAGCGGGUGUAUGUGAACGGGUAUGAUGGAGGUGAUACAAUUAAAAGAUGGACACAUAGGGAAACUGGAGAUGUAGAAUUAACGGCUGAUGGCCGAAAUGGCGCAAAAAUAUUUUUGAGCAUACUCGAGAUACUUUUCCAUGAUUUGUCAAAACUGUUACAAGGAUGUGUUCCUCGUGGUGAUUCUCAUGGUAGAAAUAUACGCCUGAAUGACAUAAGCAACGACGGUAAUCAAACCAAAAACCCCCUUGGUAAAUGGCUGCACGAACGUGGAUACACGGUGUCAGACGAUGAGCGUACUCAAAACGGGGAGUUGGACAGAAGAAAGAACGGUAAGCAAAUCAUGGAGUUAUAUUUAAAAACAAUUAUUGGCUCUAAUAACGCGCACCUUACCACCUGUAAACCGAAUGGAAAAACGAAAGACUUUCGCACCUUGGACAUUCUUAGUUGCCUCGUCGGCCACCUUAAAACAUUUUACGAAGUAUGCCACCUUCGCCAUAUUAGCAAACCCAAAGCACCGCGUAAUAUCAAUGAAAUGCUUUACUGGGUCUGCGGUUUAUGUCAUCAUCCAGGACUCUAUUCAUUAAGGUUGCACGUCAUGGAAUUGUUCCCUAAGCCAAAGGGGAAGGAAAAGAUGACACAUAAAGAGAUUGGAUCCGCGAAUUUGACAUUGGAUGUUCAGACAGAGGCAGACAUUACAGCACGGGCACUUGACGCGAAACUGCUACCCAUUUGCGGAAACUCCCAUGAUAUCCUCGUUGCCAUCCUCGGGUACGGUAACGCCGAAGGCCGCUAUGCGUGCGAAUUUCGUAUCAACCCUGAUGGUCUGUCGUAUCCAGCAGAUCCCGCGCAAUGCUUAGACAUGUUGCUAGACAUACUCCGCCGAUUGUUCUUGCAGUUCAGGUAUUUAUCCAAACGCUGCAGUGUAGCUGCUGAACACCACGGUUGGAGUGAGUGUCAGUACGGCAAAGAAAUUCCGACUACCAAAUCGCACUGCAACAACGGAUUAACAGACCAACCAAGGAGCCAACCAAACACUCAACCAAAUUGUCAACCAACGUGCCAAGCAACGUGCCAGGUAAAUUGCCAACCAAAUUGUCAAUCAACUUCCCCUCUAAUGUCAUUGCUAAACGAUUGCCUACCGGGCCACCUACCGCAUAUAUUGGAAUCCGUUGGCUGCAAAGCUCAAUGUAGGACGUGCUCUCCUAGUAACAGUGGUAAGCCAUGCCUUACGCCCUUCGGUUUCCGUGCCUUCACUGGAUCCACCAAAACGGGCAAGUUCCUAUGCUCCGUGCUCAAAACUUUCCUAAAUAAUGAUUAUGUCAAAUACUUGUGCUGUCUUCAGCCCAAGCCUCCCAAGACGUUACCAGAACAUUUCGGUUUUGCGUUGUCGCUGGUUAAGGGAUGGUCGAAUAUCUCUAAGUUGUCCCAGAAUAUGAAAAGUAAAUACAGUUUCCAGUCGUCAUUUGAAUCACGCGUACGUGAUGUCUCCCUUAAGUUAUAUCCCGAUUCCUAUGAACUAACCAAAACAUUGAUGAAAGCGUACGGUUCACAGGCUGUUUUGCAUGAAGAUUGCAAGCAUCCGCACCUUGUCAAUUUCACCAGCUCGGAAAUAUGUCGUUACGAUGCUGCAGAUGUAGCCUGCGCUCCCUACCUUCAAUCGUUAUGUGCAGAUUCAUAUGAAUACAUGGCCAUCAACAACUGCAGCCUGUACCUAUCGUGGGCCAUAUACCUUUCAUGGGAUUUCUGGCGAUUGCUGAACGAUUUGUACAAUGACUUCUGCAACAUAUUCUGUGCCGAUUGGGGCUGCCGCAGCUGUUUGAGAGGCGAUACGUGCAAGAAAGGAUCGCAUGGUCUCACUGACGAAAAAAGCGGGAACCCACAUUGCCAGUGUUCAUCAAUAGUGGAUUGUAAGGGCGUGUCGCCGACGCUGUACCGAUAUGGAUUCAGUUUUGGUGAAGCUGACAAGUUGAGUAAUAACCAAUAUAAAAAGAAGUGUUCCGAUUUCUGCGGUCAGUUAAAUAAGUUGCUAAAUUCCAAAUAUUUCACUGACCUAUUCGACAAGUGCGACGAAUUCCUCUUCAAAAUCCGCGCUCCCUUCAUCUGGCUGAACGUCGCCCUCUGGCUCCUCUCUUUAUUGUACCUCCUCCACAUCAUGGUCAUCCGCUUGGACCUGCUCCACAUCAAAUCGCAUCUACAUAGUCCCUCGAGUCAUCGCAUAGCUGCUCAAUCACUACUUGCUGCUGCACGUGUUAACAAACUGGGCAAAGUGUUUUACCUGCAGCCGUAA